AUGAUGGGGCUUCGCUCAAUUGAACCAAAAAGGGAUGAGACUUCUGAACAGGGAGAUGGAACGGCAUUGGAAGAAAACACUCGUUUUUCACAGGCUUUGGGUACAGGAAUUUGCGUUAAAGACGAUUCUCCGAAAGAGUGCACAAGCGGAUCUAAACCGCGGAAGCAUUCAGUUGAAACUGAUAGUGCAGGAACGGCGAUAUCAUCCAAGGUUGAGGAGGCAGUCUGUGAAGGUAUCGAUCUAGCUGGCGACCAAACUUUGCAGGAAUUAGUGAAAGGGAUUGAUGGAAAACGUGAAGUUCCUGAGUUUGAUGAAAAGCUGAAUCAUGUAUUUUUUUUGAAAGACGGACUAAGUAAAGAAGAUCGGAAAAAAGGAGAAGCAUUCGGUGAAAAGUUUUUCGAAACGUACAAAAAAUUCUUCAACAAUCGCCAGGACUUUAUCAAUGCUCUUAGGGACAUCGCUGAUCAGGUUGUGCGUGUACAGUACCGCUCCAAUAUUUCUCACAUCAUAGGAAGUACUGUAGGAGCUCUGGGUGGAGGUGCGGCUCUUGCAGGAACUUUCUUCCCACCUGCUUUGCUAGGAGGUCUUGCAGUAGCAGGAGUCGGUUGUCUGAGCAACCUUACUACGUCUGUAGUGCAGUUGAUAAUUUUCCAUAAGCUUCUACAGACUGCGGAGCAGAAGUCUAAGUAUGAUGAGAGUUUGCUUGAGUCACUUCGAAAAGUCUAUGACGAGUUAGCAACAUCGGACAUGGCUCGUCUUUUUUUUCGCUUUUCGUUUCAAAAUCAAUUCACUCUGGACAGUCAUCAGUCUAGUGGUGGUUUGGGAGAGGAGUUUGAAUCAUUCAAGAAACAUGUCGGUUUGGACAGCGCAAAGGGAGGGUUUUUGUUCUUUGGCGUUCGGGCACUGGGAUCUGGGACGAUUAGAAUCGGUCCCACCGUCUUAAAGGGAGUCGCACGCAGUUUGGUUGGACUAAGUGUGGUGAUAGAUGGGGUCACCAUUUAUCUUUCCGCAGAUGACCUGAAAAAGGGAUCGAUUACAAACCUAAGCGAAGCACUGAGAAAACUUGCGGACGAUAAAGAAGAGGAACUGGAAAGUAUACAGAAAACGGUGAUGGCGGUUCAGAUAUGCGAAAGAAAGUUGGCACAAACGGAUGAGAAACGUAACGUGUUUGCAACUUUGUAG